CGCCGAGCGGGGGGCACCGCGCGGGUGCAGCCACGAUGGAAGGGGGUGCGUACGGAGCGGGCAAAGCCGGGGGCGCCUUCGACCCCCACACCCUGGUCCGGCAGCCGCACACCAUCUUGCGCUUCGUGUCGUGGGUGUUCUCCAUCGUGGUGUUCGGCUCCAUCGUGAACGAGGGCUACCUCAACAGCAGCACGAAGGGCGAGGAGUUCUGCAUCUACAACCGCAACCCCAGCGCCUGCAGCUACGGCGUGGCCGUGGGCGUGCUGGCCUUCCUCACCUGCCUGCUCUACCUGGCCCUGGACGUGUACUUCCCGCAGAUCAGCAGCGUGAAGGACCGCAAGAAGGCCGUCCUGUCCGACGUCGGCGUCUCGGCCUUCUGGGCCUUCCUCUGGUUUGUGGGCUUCUGCUACCUGGCCAACCAGUGGCAGGUCUCCAAGCCCGAGGACAACCCCCUGAACGAGGGGACGGACGCCGCCCGUGCCGCCAUCACCUUCUCCUUCUUCUCCAUCUUCACGUGGGCGGGCCAGGCUGUGCUGGCCUUCCAGCGGUACCAGAUUGGCGCCGACUCGGCCCUCUUCUCCCAGGACUACAUGGACCCCAGCCAGGACUCCAGCAUGCCUUACGCCCCCUACGUGGAGCCCAGCGCCGGGCCGGACGCCGCUGGCAUGGGCAGCACCUACCAGCAGCCGGCCGCCGCCUUCGACGCCGAGCCCCAGGGCUACCAGUCGCAGGGCUACUGAGCCGUGACCCGCCGCCCCCGCCUGCCCUGCCCCAGCCCGGUGCCCCGUCCCCUCCCCGCAGACCGGCCCGCUCCCCCCCAGGCCACCCUGUGCAGUGCCCCGGCAGCCGCCAGGCUGCUCCGCUGAGGCCCAGGGUCAGGAUGGCAGGAGGGCGUCGGCGUGGGGUCUGCGGGUGCCAGCGUGUGUGGCAGGCCCGGGCGUCUCGGCCACUGUGUCGUUGAGCGUCCGCUGGGAGUCGGGCCUGCCCUGGGCACAGGCCGUGAGGGAGAAGUGGGCCCUGGACCGGGGCAGAAGGCCAGGAAGGGGCCUGUUGGCACCAGAGGUAGGAAUGGAGGACGGAGACGGGUGAGCCGGAGUGUGGCUGCUGGGCGCGUGUGGGGGUUCCGUGGCUGUCUCCGGUUUACGGCUGAGGAAACGGGCCUAGCGGUCAGGGUCCCUCGCUGGGAGACCGCGGUCCCUGGCAGUGGGUGAGGGGCCGAGCCCGGGCCCGACUGCACAGCUCCUGCUCCUCUUCCCCCUUUUCUCUGGCCCCAAGCCUGAGCCCCACCACUCAGUGUUACCCGACUCUGGGAGGCCUUAGGGACCUCAGCCCGUGGGACACCCUGUUCUGCUGCAAGCUGAGGGCCUGUUCAGCCCCCGAGGCUCCCCAGCGAGGUUGCCCCACCCGCCCCCGCCCAGGCCUGCCCCGGAGGCUCACCCCGCUGGCUCUGAGCGCUCAGUGCCGAGUCCCACCCGGAGCUCCGGCCACCCCGGAUGGCCCCCGUGCAGCUGUGCACUGUCCCUGCCUCUGGGAAGGGCCCAGGACCGGGCGGGCAGGCCCAGGAGGGGCCAUGGCCCCUGGUCACAGCGAGUGGGUGUGAGGUUGGGCGCGCUGCCCAGGUUUCUCGGUCUCUGCCACCCAGCAAGUGUCCGGGCCCUGCUCGGUGACCUCCCAGGACACUGAGCUCCUCUGGGACACUGCGUCAUCUCUUCCUCGGCCAGCGUUGGCCAGGGGCUGAGAGCACAGUGGGGGUCCUUCCUCUCCCGGGGAGACAGCGAGGAAGGUGCUCAGGACGCAGCCAGGCCGGCCUGCCAGCCGCUGCCAUCAGCAAGCCCCCUCCGGGGUGGACAGUGAGCCCCUGGGCACGCCAGGCCAGGGAGACCCUGGCACUCACGGGGGAGGGUGGCACUCGUGCCCAGCAGCCCCAAGGGUGUUGUGGGGGGCAUAAGGUAGACUUUCACUGAGCCUUAAAGGGGUGGGGAGACCCUGAAGGCUGGGCAGACUGGGGGUCCAGCAGCUUCCUCGCGGGCCAGGGGACAUGGGUCAGCUCUGUGCUAGCCCACGGUGUUUCCCCUGCCUCCAAGAACCCUAAGAGGCAGGUAACCCGCUCAUUCGCCCAUCGCUUCAGCAGUGACAGGGCCCUGGGGCACCCCGCCCAGAGGAGCGACCCAAGUGCUGAGGCCCCGGGUGUCCUGAGCACGAGGGGCGCAGCAGUGAGGGGAGAGAAGACUUGGCGGGCAGGGAGGGGCUCCGCUGUCCCCCCAACAAAGGGGAAUCGGACUGGGCUGGGGCGCUGGCGGUGGGUGGGUCUGCGCGGGCUCAAGUCCCCCAAAGACAGCAGUGACCAGAGAGGCCCACGGUCCGCCUCUGGGAUGAGAUCGGUCGGUCUGGUUCUCUCCUGAGGGGACCCAGGUGGGGACAGCAUGGGGCCGGGCUGGCACUGGGCUGGCACUGGGCCCUGUUCCAGGCCAGAGGCUGUGGAAGCAGGUGGGUGCGUUGCUGGCUUCGUGGAGUCCGUGCCCAUUGCAGGCGGCUGUGAGCGGCCCUCCCCUCCCCACGCCCCUCCCACGGCACCCAGGGUGCUCCCCCGUCCCUCCUUGGGUACCAGCCAGCUGCUGCUGAUCUGGGCCGGAGGGCUGGGUGCCAGUUUGGCCUCACCCAACCCUGGCGUUUAUACGGACCCUCCAGCCGCCCGGACUGGGAAAGUCGCCAGACCCCCACCACCACCAGGAGUGGGGUGCCGGGUGUCUCACCCGGCUUUCCCUAGUCCAGACCUGAGCCCACCGGCAGGCUGGGUGCCGGCCAGGCUGUCCUGGGUGGACGAGGCGCCGAGGAGAGGCCGAGGGACCGGAGGACAGGGUCUGGAUGGACGGGGGCUGCUGUCCCCUGCGGGGGGCCCAGAGGAAGCCCGCCCCGUCGGCCAGCGUGCGUCCCCCCGUUCCGGCCCCCCUGCGCCUUCCACCUCCCCUUGGCUCCCCAGCCUUUCCUUGGAGAAGGGCCCCUGCACCUUGACCUUGGAGGAUCUGGGCCCCUCCUCCCACCAAGCACAAGAGAGGGCCCAGGGCUGGGUCCCCCCACGUUUAGACUCCAAACUGAGAGAGGCCAAAUGGGGCCAGGACACAGCAAGUGUCCGGAGCCCAGCCCAGAGCCGGGGGGUGGGGACCGCUUCUUGCCGCCCGGUGGACACUUACCCUGCGUCCUCAGCGGCUGUGUCCACCCUGUGCUGGUGGCUCGUGUCCUGCGCUGGGGCCGUGACCACCGAGGGGCUCAUUCCCGGGGGCCCGCGUCUGCUCCCCACUGCUACCUUCCCUGGUGAUCUUUGAUCUCCAGAGACUCUUGGAGGGGGUCCCCGGCUUCUCCCAUUUAACCACGAGCCCCCACUUGUUAGCCCUCCGGGGGCCCGACCUUGGCCCAAGACCCCUUUGCGUCUGUAUGGAACACGGGGGCACCCUCCGGGGCUGGGGGGGCGGCUGGCCGGGCGUCUCCGCGCUGCCCCCUGCUGCCCUCCCCUGGCCCUCCCGCAGAGUUACUGCCUGUGUAUAGUAUAAAUAUAUAUUUUCUAUAUAUAAGAUGUAUUAUAUAAGGCUCCACAGAUACAUCCGUGUGCGUGCAGUGAAGGGUGGUCCCCACCCUGGGCCCCCUCUGGGCCCCCCACCUGGUUAAGUUUCUCAAGAGUGAACCCAGUGGCCCUGCGGCACCCCCCUUUCUGACGUUGUCCGUUUGUGGUGAACCCAGUGAAGGUGGUGACUUCUGGUGACUCUAAUAAAGUGCAGACCAGCCCCUGCGA